AUGGACGAAUCAUCUUCCUGGAAGGCGGAGGCGACACGCCUUCUCUGCGCCAAUGCUCAUUCCUUUGAUCUCGAAGACUUCCCCAAGAUAAACUAUGACAUCAGUCAACUGGGAGCAAACGGCCGCUGCGAAGACAGAUAUCUGCAUCGAACGCUUCCCUCCGCUGGGGCUGAUGGCAAGGACUGGCUUGCCUGGGCUGUAUUUGACGGACAUGGUGGACCGCAAACUGCAGACUGCUUGACAAGAAAUCUUCUGUUUUUCGUUUCCCAUCAUCUGUCUCAUUUCAAGAAGAGUUGCACCAAUGGAUACUUCCCAAACCGGCUGAUCAAGCAAGCUCUCACGAACGCAUUCUUGGACUGCGAUAAACAGAUUCUGAAGAACGCUGUUGAAGCCCUCACCAGUAUGGAAGAUCUCCCACAUAGGAUCAAAAAGGUUCAACCUGCUAUUUCCGGCUCCUGUGCUCUGCUAUGUUUGUAUGACCCUACCACAAGCACGAUGCAUACGGCAUGUACCGGCGACUCAAGGGCAGUACUCGGACAACAAAAUUCAGAUGGUAGCUGGGAGACAUUCGCUCUCUCGGAAGAUCAGAAACCAAAAAGCCAGCGCGAGAUCGACUUGCUCAGCCAGAAACACCCUGGUGAAAAUCACAUUUUUAGACACGAGCGGCUUCAGGGCUUGCUGGCAAUCACACGCGCAUUCGGCGACGCGAAAUUGAAAUGGAACCUUGAUAUCCAAAAGGAGAUGCACAAAAACUUCGGCUUUACCUCCACCAUCAAUCCACGCCACUACCACACCCCGCCGUACCUGACCGCAGAGCCUGUCAUCGUGCAAGCCAGAAUCAAUCCGCAAAAAGCUUGUUUCUGCGUCAUGGCCACAGAUGGCCUUUGGGACAACAUGUCGAGUCCCCAAUGUGUUAAUUUGGUCGCGGAGUGGGUGAAAUGCGAGGAAAAGAAGGCGGCCGAGUCAGAGGAACAUGACACGUUCGACUUCAGUCGAGUCCUCGAAGGACUGGAGCAGUCCUUCGUGGAGCAGCGAACAACGGUCCAGGAUGACAAUGCAGCUGUACACCUGAUCCGAAACGCCCUCGGUGGCAACCAGCAUGAGCUGGUUGCUGGACGGCUGGCCGCUGAGCCGCCGUUCGCUCGCAACGUGCGAGAUGAUAUCACCGUCCAGGUGAUCUUCUUCAACAAGGAGGAGAAUGGGGGGCGUUAG